UAUAAACAUGGUUUUAUGUUCUACUUAUAAGCACAAAAGAAAAGGAUAAUCGUAGGGGAGAAAAAAUAGGGUGGAAGACAUGGAGAGAAACGGCAUGAAGAAACUGAUGCUGACAGUGAUGAUGGUGACGAUGGUGGUCGUAGUGGCAGUAGCCACGGAUUUCCAACAGGAAACAUCCACCAAAAAAUGCGCCAAAAAGUGUCGCAGUCAAUGCAUUGUAGAGCUUUUACCUGGGAGGAUUGCCCUUUGUUUCGUUCUAUGCAUGAUUAAAUGCAAGCUCGUACCGACAGAAGUUGUUUACAAUUGUACCAGUGAUUGUGCCAACUCUUUCCUUCACAAUAACCCUAACGCUGAUCCCAAAGAAGUACGACUCCAUGUUGAUCAGUGCUACGAGAGAUGCCGGAACAAAAUUUAAACUUAGGCAUUCUAUUUCAUGCUUUCUCUAUUCUUUAAUGUAAUUGAUGUUUUUAUUUUUUGUUUCAAUAAAUUUUACAAAUUGAAUUUUAAUAAGAAA